GGUUGGUGCAGCUGCCACAUACGCGUGGAGGUGUACAUCAGGCUACCAACUGUCACCCGUUACCACAAUUGAAUUCUCACGUGGGCCGCAGAACCACCACCCUCGUCCCAAACUCUUAACUAAUUGCCCCUGGGUCCGAUUUCAAACUGCCAGUCUAACGCUGCCACCUCUCCUUCCAUACAAUGACAUUCCCCAGCACGAUUGUACGCAUCUCGACGGUAUAGUGCCAUUCAAAAGGUUCGCCAUGAGGGUUUCCGCGCCCGCAGGCCUCAACAUAUCGCCGGUGAUGUCCACGCUUGUUUCUGCCUGUUCACCGCUCAAGCCGGUCUUCGUUGUCACGCCAGCGACCCCCGCAGACAGCACAGACAGCUCUCCGGAACACCACCCCGAGCAACAGAACCGCCUUCACCCAACUAGAGCGCAGUGGACUUACCGCUCACCCCGCAAACUCGCCUCAGGCACACAUACCCUCGCAACACAUCACGCCCCUCUAUCCGCCCCUCCACCCGCUCCACCCGUUCCACCGCGAACUCUUUCUCUAACCUCACCCCCGGAACUCUUAGCAAGCCCACCAAUCCCCGUUGUAGGCCCACGUCGACCACAACACAAACAGAAGCCUAAACGGCCGCCGAUUCCACGCAGGGUAACGCCACGAACAGCAAGGGAUGCACCCACCCCCCGCGACAAAGGAGAAAGCUACAUGGACCGCAGCGGAAAGGCACGCGUCAAAUUGAACACAUCGUUGUACGUACCUUUCCAAACACCGCAGCCGGUGAAUCCAUCGACGGAUAAGAAGAGAUAUCUCGAUCAAGAGUGGAGCGGGCUGCGAUUUGAGCCCCGUGGUUUGAGAACAGAGGAAUUACUGGAGACACGAGAGAGGGAGCAAGCGGAAGCAACUAUGGCGGGGGCAUUGUAUCCGACGCUACAUGAGGUGCCACAAGUGCGCACUGCUGAGAGACCCAUAGAUGUUGAGACUACCUCCAUUACCUCAACGUCCUCAGAGGAACCCUCAACGCCACGCUCUCCCAAUGAUUUCCUCUGGAUUAUCCAAUACGUCUUCAGCACUAUCCUCUGGGUGCUCUCCUUCAUCUUCUGUCCCAUUUCUCAACGCUACGCAGAGUGGUAUGCGCGCCGUGGCGAGUUGGGCAGCUACCAUACGCGGACGGCUUGGUGGUUGAGGAGGACUCGGGGUCGUAGGGGACUGCCAGGUGUGUAUCAUGGCUACGGCACACCCCAUGUCAACAUCUACAGCGAGGGCUAUAGCAGCUCAUACGGCGUCGGCUAUGAUGUCGAGCGUGGUGAUGGGUAUGAGCAUGGACGGGUAGAUGGAUAUGGUACAUUUGGGGAGAGGACCCCUACUGAAAGGGAGGGUAUAAAGCCGGGAGGUUUUGGUUCUGUCCAAUGGGGGGAUGGGGAUGCGCAGAGCCCUAGUUGACGCUGAUCUAUACUUCCCUGAGCCAGGCGAGUGGGAAGAGAUGGGUUACUUUCGGGGGAGGCGGGGAGGGGUUGUCGGGGGUAAAGGAUCCUGCGAAUUGAAAAUUAGGAUGUGGAAAUGGAUCGUGCAAAAUGGGAAGCAUGAGGUGGCAUGGCGUUUCACGGAAUGAAGAUACUCAGGAUGAAUAAAUUAAAGUCCGCCUCUCAGAUGGGCGACUCCGACGGCGUUUCGGACCUUAGGAGUAGGAAAUGAUAUACCAAACCUGG